GGUGCUUGAGUUGGUGCGGGUGAGGGAUGGUCGCGCGGCCGCUCUCCCUUAUAUUAUCUAGAUAUAUUUGUGGAUUACCUCCGAUGAAACUUGUAGUAUGACUCAGUAGUGAUGGAUACAGUACCAUUUAGUGGAUUUCAGCAGCAGCUGUGUGGAUGAAACUGAGGAGUCUAGGAUGAGACAAUGAUGCUGAUGAGCAGCACAAGCUCGGUGCACAAGACCACCACGUGAGGGAAGGACCAGCAGCAGUGUGGUGUUGGUGGGUGUGUGUGGUGGUGUGGUGGUGGCGGCGGCGGCGGUUGUGGUGGAGCAGGCGGAGUGGUUGGUGGUGGUGGUGCUGCUGCUGCCCAGGACCCUGUCUCCUGUGCUAGUGCGUCCAAUACUUAAAAGGUGUUUUUUUUUCCGUGAAUAACACGUGUGAAUGUUAGGCCAACACAAUGCGUGAGUUUAAGGUAGUGGUGCUGGGUUCCGGCGGGGUGGGCAAGUCCGCCCUCACGGUCCAGUUCGUGUCCGGGUGCUUCAUGGAGAAGUACGACCCCACCAUCGAGGACUUCUACCGCAAGGAGAUAGAGGUGGACACUUCCCCGUGCGUGUUGGAAAUCCUGGACACGGCGGGCACGGAGCAGUUUGCCUCCAUGCGGGACUUGUACAUCCGUAAUGGCCAGGGCUUCGUGGUGGUGUACUCCAUGACCAAUCACCAGACCUUCCAGGACAUUAAAGGCAUGAGGGACCAGAUCACCCGGGUCAAGAAUACCGACCGCGUCCCCAUACUGCUCGUCGCUAACAAGGUGGACUUGGAACACCAGCGGGAGGUGGUGACGGCGGACGGGAUGGCCUUGGCGCAUAUGUGGGGGUGCCCCUUCAUCGAGGCCUCGGCCAAGAACAGGUGUAACGUCAACGAAGUGUUCGCCGAGAUCGUCCGCGAGAUGAACGUCAACCCGGGCAAGAAGGACACCGGCAACUACUGCUGCUGCGUCCUUCUCUAACAACCAGCCAUAGUUGAUAGAAAUUUGAAGACAAUAUCUUCCCUGAAAGUUGAAUUUGACCAGGCCCUCUCUCCCAGUGAAGACAGUCCAUCACACCUUCACCUCAGUGAACAGCAUAGAAAAUUUAGUUGAAAAUUUAUUAGUAACUAUUUUUGGAAAAUCAGAUACCAUCCAGUGUUGGCAACAGUGAGGGCAUUUUUUGCUACUGACUGACUCUAAACAAUGGUUAAAAUUGACUCGUCUUCAUGUGGACAGCACUGAAGACCCACCACCUUGGAAUCACCGUAAUAUUAGUGAAGAUCAUCUACAUCAUCGUUGGGACACUCUGCAGAGGCCUGCUGUUGCACUGCAUGACAUGUCCAUGCAUUCUGUCCUUAAUCUGAUAACACACUGACCUAGUAUCUCACCAGGCUAGCAGUGAAUAUCCAUACAGUAACUGUUAAUCUUAAGAUCAGUAUAGCCACUACAAGUGUUGUCAGCAAUAUCCUACUUAUCAGCUGAAGCUUUUUGUGAUUUAUAAUUGUUGCAAUAUGCAAAUCAAGAUGUAUAGUGUAGCAAAACAACAUCUGAAAUGCGCGUGGUUUAAGGUUCGAGACCGUUUCUUGUGGGUUUUGAAAAGUGCUUGUUUGCUUGACUUCUGGAAACACAACUUAUAUAUGAAUUGCUGAAAUUGUGUGAAACUGAUUCACACAUGUAAGUUACAGUGCAGUAUUUUGAGCAAGGUUCUGUUGACUAACUGGUGUACAGCAUUUCAAUGAUCAGCUAGUGUUCAGUGACGUCUGACCUGGCUCGAGGGACCUUGUAGGAGUUUGGUGUUCUGUGACCUGUGGCUCUCAUGAGACCUAUAGAGAGACUGGCCUUACACAGGGAGUAGAGCAGUCCACCAAGAAUGUGAUUAUGCGCUUCCCCUCAUGCUCUGUAAAUACAUCAUGCGCUAGUAACACAGCUUAAGUUUGGAUGCAAUAGUCUGUUUCUUCUUGAUAAGUUUGUUGUAAUAAUAUCCAAUGUAUAUAUUAUUGCCCAGCACAAAGGGAUUUUAGAUUUCAUUGCCUCCACAAUCCCACCAGAAUUUCAUUGCCUGUUUAGGUUUUAACAUAUGUAUUAUAAUUAAAAACUUAUUUUAAACUUUUCUUGAAUCAGAAUAAACUUUACAUAUUGAAUUUAUAUUCUAAAGUAGCUUUUUGGUUUUCAUUUUAUUUGUACAUUGCUUUGAUAGAGAUACAGGUAAUAGCAAUAUUUGCCAGUAGCACACAUUACAUAUCUGUUGGUGUAAAAGAUGUGAAGCUGGAAGUGAAAUCCCUUUUUAAGAUGCUGAUGUGUAUUUUACAAUGAAAUACUUUUUAUCAUGGUGCAGUGCUAAUGACACAAUGGUAGUGAGACAGAUUUCAGAGAAGUGAUAUAUACCAAAGCUCUGUUGAAAAAUGAGAAUUUAUCUCAACAAGCAAACUUUGCUCUAUGUGUAGAUUUUAAUCGCAAACUGUAUGAAUAUUGUGUUGCUUGUAUAAGAAUGUUCAGCCUCCUCUUUGGUGAAGCACAAGUUCAUGUAAUUUGUUUUUACCUUGUAGCUUCUUGUUUGUGUUUGAUUUUAGUGUAUAUCUUCAUGUGGACUUUCAUAUGCGAGUCCUUUCAGUUUGGUCCACCCAUAAUGUUCAGUUCAAGGUACCUACGGUACCUCAUCCUAAUCUCUCUCUUGCUCAGAGCAACAUUAAAUGAACUGGAGUGGUAUAAAUAGCACCCUGGUCUCACUUUCUUUUAGGAAGGGAAUGUAUGUGUUACCCUCUGGUACCACUUAUUUAUCCUAACUUUACUGUGCUACAUUCAACUUGCCUCUUUUGUGUUGAAAUAGGUUUUUAAAAGUCACAUUACUUUUAUGGUCUCAUAAUCCCAAACUCAAUUACUGUAGUAUUAUUUCCUUUAUCUUGCAUUUUCUCUUCUUGUGUAAUUGUUGUUUACAAAGAUGAGAAAAUGAAAUUUGAGCAAACCUAUACAUCAUGUUAGGCUCCUUUGUUAUUAAAAAAAAAAUAGGCCAGGUGGCCAGGUUAUAGGGCAACAUUUUCCUGGCGAAUAUCUUGAUGAUACAGGAAUUGGUGUCUGCAUGGUGGUGGAUCUAACAGAAUAAAUCCUUUGUGCUGUAAUUCUAAUAGAUAAGAGGAACAGUCGGCACAUAUCCUACUAUAGAUCCCCUUAUCUUAAAAUGUCCUCUAUACUCUUUAAAAAAUCUCUUGACCACAUUGUUAACCCCAAGAGGGUAACAGCACAUUGCUCUAUUAUCUAGCGUUUACACCAUCAUGUGUUGUGUGUGUAAUGCUCAUAUCAUUUGAAUUAUAACCUAUUCGAAUGAAUGUAUAAUUAAUUUGUUAUAAAAUAAAUGUAUUUUUAAAUAUGUUGAAUACC